GACCUCACAUUAUUUCACGAUUUUGGCAAAUCUCGGCCCGUGAGGAGAAACGGUUCCUUUCUCAUAAUCAAUGCGUGCCUCAAUCGCAAUCCGGGGCGCGAUCAACCACUUUCCAUGAUGGUCAUGUCGCACGGGUCGGCGGUCGCCAAUGUGGUCUAUGCCCUCGCCGCUGUCGCUUUGGCCCUUUGGGCUGGCCCCGUUGCUGCAGAGGAAGUAGAGACCUCGGCGCAUGUGGCCGUCGGAGGCCAGGGAGUCAUUUAUGCCGGCGAUGCUGGCGCACAGUUUGCUUUCCCACUGGGAUCCUAUAAUGGACUGGAAUUUGAAGAUGCCGUGGAUGAAGAAAAGGAGGGAGAGAGUCGAGGACGAGGGCUAGAUUUGGUCCGUCGAGCCCCGACUGGUGUGUCCUCUCUAGGAAACAACCAGUAUCAGGAACGCACGUUGAAGGUGGGCGAAACUCAGCAUUGGUAUUUCCCUAUUGAUUCGACAGCUAGCGAUAGCACCAACGAUACCACUUCAAAGCGAAGCAACGGAGAGAUCGCAACCCGAGCGGCCACCGUCUAUCUGUCCCUCACGGCCUGCUCGAAACCGAGCCUCAACAUAUCGGUAAAUGCGACCAAUGCCUCUUCCCCGGUGCCACAGCUGCAGGUUUACGUCUCCCUAUCCAAUUCCCUUGAGCAGCCGGGCCCCGACAAAGACAGUGCGGAACAACAGGUAAUUGCGGCGGAGGAAGGCUACAUGGGCACGACGCUGGUGGUUGAUGGGAACAUGUACAUUGGCGUGACCGCUCCCAACAGUACGGUGUCUUCGGGGUCGUACACGUAUCAGAUCGCGGUUUCCACCGAUGCCUUCUUCCAUAAUGUGGACACCGAGAACCAACUCGUAUACUUGGUGGACUCGGACACGAACGCCGCACUCCUUACGACGGAUAACCUCACAGACACCGAUCUCGACGCCCAGGAUAUCAACAAAUGGAUGAACAAGACACCCCCGUACACCCUGUUUGCCAACAAUAUGAACAGCACCGCUAUCUCGGGCCUCGAGCGAUCCUUCUGCGCUCUCGAUCGGCUUGCGCAGAUCGGUAUGAGCAACGUGAAGACAAGCAUGACUACCAGGGGUGAUGCUUCUCGACCCAAAGAACAAUUCUAUGCCACCGGCUUCAAUAGAAGUUCCACCUAUCUGGGCAUUCUGGCUCGAUAUGGCAAUUCCACCACUGCCGGAAAUGGAAUAAUUGGUGGCGGGGGAAAGGUCUGGAAGCCGAUGAACUUCACUACUAAGACAGAGGACAACUGUGCGGUCGUGUAUGACCUCACAUUCUGCUCAGAAGUCGCGUAUGCUGUGCCGUCGAACUCCUCCACUCAGACCUCGGCCCUUCGCUCAUUCUAUGACGACAAUGCCGCUUCUCUCUACCAAAACUUCAGUUACUCUCUUCAGCAAGUUCAAUGCAACGCUUCCAGUGAAAGCAUGUUCUCCCUUGCCGUCUCCUGUGACAGCUGCGCGCAGGCCUACAAGCAGUGGCUCUGCGCCGUGACGAUCCCGCGAUGCCAGGACUUUUCGAGCACAGAUUCUUUUCUCCAAGUCCGUAAUGCGGGCCAGACAUUCUUGAACGGCUCCUCAAUCGCCAACAGUGGUCUAUUGACUGACCCAGCCACAAACCGAUCACGAAACUCGUUGAUCGACACUGAGAUACGCCCGGGUCCUUAUAAGGAGAUCUUGCCCUGCCAGGACGUCUGCCACAGCCUGGUCCGAAACUGCCCGUCCGCAAUGGGCUUCAGUUGCCCAGUGGGGCGGUGGUUGAAUUCUUCCUAUGGGGCUCGGGACCCGAGUGGCGAUAUCACCUGCAGUUAUUUGGGAGCUGCAUACUACUUGAACAUGGCAGCAGGCCUCCAUCAGGGUGCGUGGGAUACUCUUUUUGCCUUGACGGUCCUGUGGACCACGAUUUGCGCGCUUGCUCAAGGAGUAUGCUGAGUUACGCUAUCCAAUUGGCCCUGUCACCCCUCCUUCCUGGGGAGGGAAUGAAGGGUCUUGGGAAUGCAUAUGCGUACACAUGGCUUGGUCUGGCCGGUCCCAGCAACCGUGAGA